AUGAAACCUCAACCAUUUCCUGUGAUUGCGUAUAAUAAGUUUAUAGGCUUUGCUGAUGGAAAUAUAUUAAGUUGGUGUCCUACAAUGGAUUUGUUAGCCAUAUCAAUGAAUAGAAUGUCGAUUUGGGUAUUCAGAAUCAAUGGAGAGAGAAUCUAUUCGAUUAAUAAUAAGUCCCUUAUAUUGGAUAUUUCUUGGAAUCCUAAUGGCAAAUUCUUCUGUGUAUCUGGUAUUGACGGAUUUUGCAAAAUUUAUGAUUCAAAUUCAGGUAAAUUGACAAACACUAUUAAUAGUGAACAAAAGUCAAUUAAUUUGAUUAAUUGGUGCUGCCAUAAAUCUCUAGAGGAACCUGGAAGAUUUGAUAAUCUAUUCAAAGUAGAUGUUCUAGCUAAUCUACCCAAGUUAUCGUUAAACAAUGAAAUAUCGACAAACACAAAUGCAUCAAAUACUAAUGGUAACAAUAAUAAUUACCAGCUAGACGUAAUAAAUGAUACAGAAGGUCUGCUAAGUUUUAUGAUUACAAUUAGAUCACACUCUGAGUUAUCGAUCACGUUCAAUGGUCUCUUUACCGUUGAUAGCAUUAAAUGUCCUGAACAUCUAAAAUUUGUAUGCCAUGCCGAUAAUUCGGAUUUGCUAAAUCAAUAUUUCCUUAUUAAUAACCAGCGUGAUGCUUCGUUAUAUCUACUCAAGAUGUUCUUGGAUAUACCUGAUAGCGAUUAUCUUCGAAAUUAUUUGAUGGAAAUUAUACAACAAUCAUGUAAAAUAAAAUCAAUUAUGAAUUACAUUAAUGAGCAACUUGUUUUAUUAAAUGAAGAAGUAAAGCCCUUUAUUCAAUUAUUUGAUCGUCACCUAUCCAAUCUUAAAGAUAGCUUGUAUUCUAACGUUGAUUUAACUACAAAUUUUCCUACUGAUCAAGAACUGAAAUGCAAAGUAAUUAAUUCUCUAUUUGAUUUAUUAUUAACUGGAUUAAUCCCUACAAAUUUGAAAGAUUUUUGGCUAAAUCAGUUGGGAGAAAGAGGUUUGAAGAAGUUGAGUAAAACUGGUAAUUCUAUCUAUGAUUUGAUUAGAAAAGUCUGUUUCAAUCAACUAGUUUCAUCCUUAGAAAGAUUGUUGAUUAUUUUGAAUUUAUUGCAAGGUCUAGUUAAAUGGCUUGAAAGCAUGGAAAUUGGUAAUAAUGGUAUGAAUGGAUAUCUCGGUUUAGACUUAGAAUCUAUAAAUUCAUUAGUGGUGUUGACAAAGGAAUUAUUAAAAUAUUUUUAUCAAUUGAUAUGGGAUGUCAACGAAGAGCAAAAGUUGUUUAAUGAAUUUAUAAAUUGGGUUAAAAUUGGUGUUAUAGAUAAGCUUGCUAAGGAAGAUGAUAUAGACUCAUAUUAUAAAUCAUUGCAUGUGAAUUAUAAAACUUCGAAUCUAAUUAAGUAUUUCAACAAAUAUUUGUUCAAGAGUAAGUUAUUCAAUUAUUUUGAAAUAAAAUUGCCAAUGAACGAACUUCUACUUCAAGACGCUGUUGAAACUAAUUUAAUGGAGAAAUUUAUCGAACUAGAAAAUGUUGUGGAAAGUAAUUUAUUGAUAAAUGUCAAGGAUUACAUCAAGUCUAUUGUAAAAUUCAACAAUUUAAUUCCAUUGAAUAUAUCAUCAACUCACAUAGAAAAAAUGAAAAUUUUUAGUGGUUCCAAUUUUGGUGUUAUAUCAUGUAUUAACAAUGAAGAAUCAACACUAUCUCUCAUUAAGUUUUCAUUAUCAAGUUCUGACAUACAAUCGAGGACAAUAAAAUUACAAGAUCCCAUAAUUACAUACGAAAUAAUUGAUGAAAGUAAAAUUCUAUUAUUGAUUAAUUCUUCACCAAAGUAUUAUCUAGAAUCAUUUAAUUUUGAGGAUGUGAUAUUACAAGAUGCAAGCGUCAUUUCUUAUGCUUCGAUUUCACCAAUAAACCGGAAUAUGUUCAAUGGUAAUGCAAUAAAUAGAGUUUCAGAGCCAAAAUACUUAGCUAUAAACUCUGAUAAGUCCAGACGUAUAGGGUGUUUGCUCGAUUCUAACAAACAAAAUUAUAUAGUGUUUGAGCUUAAAUGA